AUGGGCGCCGGCAACCUCGCCAAAACCGACGCCCCGGGCGCCCUCGGCGAGCUCCAGCAGAACCAGCAGGAGCCCGCUCGAUCCCCACGGAAGGCCCGAGACGACGCACCAAAGUACACCUGGGGCAACAUCUCGCUCAAACCCGCCAGAUCCCGCGACCCGUCGCCCGAAAAGCCCAAGAAGGCCCGGUCGGGAGCCAACCUUGUCGGGUUGCUGUCCCGACCCAAGUCACUCAAGAACCUCUAUAAGCUGGCCACCGACGAUGAGGUCCGUGCUGCCAAGGACAAGGAGAACAGAACGCCCGACGAGCCGACAAGUGCCAUGCUGCCGCCUCCCAUAUUCGCUCAGUUCACCUCCGACGCGGCAGCCACGCGGGAGCAGCGAGUGCGUUCGUCCGUGGACAUUGGCAGCGCCCGGCCCAUCGUCAAGGAGCGUCCGCAGUCGCUCCACGUGCCCCGAAUGCACAAUGAUUCAGACGCGCGGCAGUCGUCUACCGAAAAGCCGGCGAGCCACCUGUAUAGAGGCAAGGUGCUCGGCGCGUUUGCCCACCUGACGGGUCGCUCGGGGUCGGCAGACUCGCGCCCCCGGGAGCCAGAGUGUGACAUCGAUGAGCUCAACAGACAGCUCGAGGCCCUCCUGGACCGCCGCAACAUCCCCGAAAACCAGCGGUACAAGAUGCGGAAUCUCAGCACCGCCAUCAAGCUCGAGUUCAUCCACCAGGACCGCGCCGAAAUGCACGCGGCCACGGCGGAGCGCUCGAGCACCUUCGACAGCAAUGCCAGCAGCGACGCGCCGGCGGCGACGCCCACGGGAUCCGACGGUGAGGACGAGAAGCCCAAGCGUGGACGCGGCCGCAGCUUCACCUUUUCGCGAGGCAAAAAGGACCGCUCCUCUUCCAAAAAGCCCAAGGGCGACGGCACGCUGGGCCGCCACUUUCGGUCCAAGUCGACGGACAGCGUGGCGAGCGAGCGACCCACGUCGUCGGCCAGUUGCUCGUCCGGCGGCGGGUUCCUUGCCAAGGUUAAGCUCCAGCAAGGUCCCGGCGACUACGUGGCGUACCUGCGUAAGGUGCAGAAGCCGCAGUUGGUCGAGGUGGGCAAGUUACACAAGCUGCGGCUGCUGCUGCGUAACGAGACGGUGUCGUGGAUCGAGGACUUUAUCCAGCAGGGCGGCAUGAAGGAGAUUGUUGGCCUUCUCAACCGCAUCAUGGAGGUGGAGUGGAGAGAGGAGCACGAGGACGCGCUGCUCCAUGAGAACCUGCUGUGCCUCAAGGCGCUGUCGACGACGGCCCGCGCCAUGGAGCACCUGCACUCGGUGCAGCAGGACCUGUUCCCCAAGCUGCUGCACAUGCUGUUCGACCCGGAGAAGAAGGGUCCGAGCGAGUUUACUACGCGCAACAUCAUCACGUCGGUGUUGCUCACCUACAUCGAGUCGGCACCCCCAGCAGAGCGUGUAAACCGCGCCAAGAGCGUGCUACAGCACCUCCGCGACCCCGAGCCCAAGGACAGCGACCGCCCGCUGCCGUUUGUGCUCGAGAUGCACCGCGAGCGCCCGUAUCGCGUGUGGUGCAAGGAAGUCGUUAGCGUGACCAAGGAAGUGUUUUGGAUUUUCCUCCACAACCUCAACGUGGUGGCCCUCGCGUCGGACAGCAAGGACCGCGGACAUGUUGACGGCGACAGCGACAGCACCGAGAAGAAACUCGAGCAGCCGCACGGCUACAUGCUCCGCCACUUCCCGCCAGAGCGACCACCUGUGCCCGCCGCGCCAUACGUGGGCGGCGUCGAGUGGGACGCGACAAACUACCUGGCGUCGCACCUGGACCUGAUGAACGCGCUGCUGGCAUGUACGCCCACGGCGGCAGAGCGCAACGCCCUGCGUGGCGAGCUGCGCAUCUCGGGCUGGGAGCGCUGCCUCGGCGGCAGCCUGCGGCUCUGCAAGGAGAAGUUUUACGGCUCCGUCCACACGGCGCUGCGCACGUGGGUCGCCGCCGCGGCCGAGGACGGAUGGGACGUGCGCGACGUGCGCUUCGGCCCGCCUCCGGAAGCGCGCGCGUCGCCGCGCAAGACGGGCAACGGCGGGCAGAGGCCCAAGGUUGAGGACGCGCCCAAGUUGGACAUGCCCAAGUUCGACCUCGGGCUGGCGUCGGCGAAAAAGGAGGCCUGGCUGUGA